CUGGCUAAAGGCUUGAAGCUGGGACUGGACACGUCAUUUGUGCCGAACACUGGUAAGAAGAGUGCCAAACUGAAGACUGGAUACAAGCGGGACUAUAUAAACGUGGGCUGUGACCUGGACUUCGACAUGGCCGGGCCCACGGUCUAUGCAGCUGCUGUUCUGGGCUACGAGGGCUGGCUCGCUGGCUACCAGCUGGCCUUCGACACGGCCAAGUCCAAACUGACUCAAAACAACUUUGCUUUCGGAUACAAGGCUGGUGACUUCCAGCUUCACACCAGCGUGAACGACGGUACGGAGUUCGGGGGAUCUGUUUACCAGAAGGUGAACCCUAACUUGGAGACAGCGGUCCACUUGGCCUGGACUGCAGGAAGCAACAACACACGCUUCGGCGUUGGAGCCAAAUACCAGCUGGACAAGGACGCCUCCUUGUCUACAAAAGUGAACAACGCCUGCCUUGUGGGAGUUGGAUACACACAAACCCUCAGGCCAG